UCGGCGCGUUGCCGAUAAAGUUUUCGCGGCGGCGGGUCACGUGAGCGGAAGAUGGCGGCGCCGGCGGGCGGCGGGGCCUCGGCGGUGUCGGUGCUGGCCCCGAACGGGCGGCGCCACACGGUGAAGGUGACGCCGAGCACGGUGCUGCUGCAGGUUCUGGAGGACACGUGUCAGCAGCAGGACUUCAACCCCGGCGAAUAUGACCUCAAGUUCCAGCGGAGCGUGCUUGACCUGUCUGUCCAGUGGAGAUUUGCCAACCUGCCCAACAAUGCCAAGCUGGAGAUGGUGCCCACGUCUCGGAGCCGUGAGGGGCCUGACAGCAUGGUACGUGUGGCCAUGCAGCUGGAGGACGGGUCACGUGUGAGCGCCACUUUCCGUGCGGGACAGACGCUCUGGGAGCUGCUCAGCCACUUCCCACAGACCAGGGAACGUCUGGAGCAGCCGUGCAGGGCCACCCCGGUCUGUGUGCACAUGAGGGACGAGGUGUCCGGCCGAGCUGCACUGCAGCACAGGACCCUGCGCUCUCUGGGCCUCACCGGGGGCAGCGCCGCCAUCAGGUUCGUCAUGAAGUCCUGCGAUGCCCCAGCCCCGGCGGCUCGUUGGGUGCCCAGCCCUGAGGGACUCAGCCACGGAGAUGGCAGUCUGGAGGACACAGCUGAGCCCCAACCCAUGGACCCCCCAAGAGAGCAGACCCACCCAGAGCCCGCAGAACCUGGCUUUGUCCCUUUCUCGGGGGGAGGCCAGCAGCUGGGGCACCCGCAGGGGCCUGGGAGGUCCCUGACGUCACCUGCCACCAAGUCGCCCAAGCCCUUCUCCAGCCCAGGGGGCCCCUCUAGGCCCAAGAAGUCGAAGCCAGGCCAGGAGCCCUGGAUGGAGCCCAAGCCGCCCCUGGACCGUAACCCCGUCGUCUGUCACCCCGACCUGGAGGAACCGGUGUUGGCCUGCCCUGACGAGCUGCCCGACGCCUUCUUCGAGGUCACCAUGGAUGACGUGCGCCGCCGCUUGGCCCAGCUGGAGAGCGAGCGGAAGUGCCUGGAAGAUGCCCCCUUAGUGACCAAGGCCCUUCGGGAGGCGCAGGCCAAGGCCAAGCUAGAGCGCUACCCCAAGGUGGCACUGCGGGUCCGGUUCCCCGACCGCUACAUCCUGCAGGGCUUCUUCCGGCCCAGCGAGACAGUGGGGGACCUGCGGGACUUUGUGAGGAGUCACCUGGGAAACCCAGCGCUGCCCUUCUACCUGUUCAUUGCCCCUCCUAAGACGGUGCUGGACGACAGCCUCACCCUGUUCCAGGCCAACCUCUUCCCCACGGCCCUGGUUCACCUGGGCACAGACGGGCCCACUGCAGGCCUCUGCCUGGAGCCCCGGUUGCUGGAACACACCAUGGCACCCUCUGCUGCUGACGAGCUGGUGGCCAGGCACAUUCCCAGGGCUGCCGCCUCGGCCCCUACACUACCCCCAGUUCCUGUGCCCGAGUCUGGGCCUGCCCUUGAGGACACAGCUGAGCCCCUGCCGGGCCCUGUGCCCAUGCCGCACCAGCCUGUGAAGAGGGACCCGGGCAAGGUGCCCAAGUGGCUGAAGCUGCCAGCCAGCAAGAGGUGAGAUGCCAACCCAGAGGUGCCCGCUGUCCUCUGCUGCAGGAAUAAAGUGGCUUCUCUGUCA